UUUUUGAAUCCACUGGUUAAAUUACCUAAUAGAAAAACAUUAUCAGAUAAAAUUUUACAUGAAGUUGUUACAGAUCUUAAUAAUACAAUAAUUGAGAAAUUGAAAUUAGAUAGAAUUGGAAUUACAUUACCCUUUGAUGGUUGGAUUAAUGUACGUGAGCAAGAAUUAAUGGGAACAAUUAUUAUGUCUUCUGAUGGUCAACCUUAUGUUUGGAAAGCAAUGGAUGUAAGUGGUGAACAUUACAAAACUGAUGAUGUUAUUGCAAAAACAGAAAAAAUGAUUACAAAUAUUAGAGAAUUAAAUUUAAUUAUCUUAGCAAUUGUUACUGAUAGUGCGCCAGCAUAA